AUGGAUUCCUGUCCUCAAGAAAUAGUCUCAAAAGUCGAUUGCAGUUCGACCUUGACGGGUUGCGGUAAAACGCUCCGCGCUCAAUUUGCUCCUACACAGCAAAGGCUGGAAUUAACACUCGAGCAGUCGCGGUCACUUGCAACUGUUAUUGAGGGCGAUAAAAGUCUUGCGCGUCAUUUCGGUGUUCCUCUUGCUAGUGACUCUAUGACGGGGAAGAUUGACCCAUUAUUUGGCAAACUUCAACUUAUAAGAGACGAUGAAGGGAAAGUUGACAAUACUAUUUGCUGGCUCGAUAUUGUUCUCGCACCUUCGUAUAAGCCAGCGCGUCGAGAGGAUGGCUAUUAUUAUUUACAGCUUGAUGGACGCAGUGGAUUGAUUCAGGUGUCAGAAUCAGACCACAACUUUAUCGAGUCUGGCCUUCCUCAAAAACUCAUUAAUCCACGCUCAUAUCCGAGCGAUGUACAGUCUGAGGAAGAGACUAUGCGGUUAGUCGAGGGGUUGUUAUUGAAUUUGAACCAACUUGCCUCACAGAUCAUCGACCUGAACAAUGAAUGCCGGGAAAAAAUCAGCCAAAGGCUUGAGAUUCUCAGGCAAUUUAGCGGCGGCUACUCUCAAAACACUCAGCGGGUCCACGAUAAAUCGAAUCAUGUAGACCUGCAGACCACUGAGCCUCCAGAGCCGGCAACACCAAAGGGAAUCAGAAAACGCAAGCUACCUUCUACAUGGGAGCCGGAGGAACUAGAUCGUUUACCCCGGUGGUUCGGGGAUCACAAGCAUCUAACGAAGAAACAAGUUGAGGCUGAAUUCAAGAAGGACUUCGGUAGAUUUCGAACCUUUGGUGCGAUCAUGGCCGCACACUAUCGGGCAAGAAAUGAGCAUGGAACGCAUCGUGUAGGGUUGAAGCGGAAACUCCACCCCGAUGAUUCCCUACCACCCUCAACGGCCAUUGAAUCCGCUCGUGUUGCAGUACCCGACCGCAUCUAUCCAUCCUUACCAACGUCCGAUUCAUGUUCCAGACCUUCCGUGUCCUUUUUGCCUCCUCUCAGAAGCCUCUGCAGUCCGGGAACAUCGAACGGUGGAACCACUGAGAAGCAGUGUACGGAGUCGCCCCACCGAACCACACACAUCGAAACAGUAACUCCUCGAGAAACGGCAGAAAGGCCUUUGUGGAAGGAUUGCUCUUUUUCCAGCACUUCAAGAGCCGAGGUAGAAGAUUUCGCUCCAACGGGUACCGCUAUCCUCAACCCCGAGCAGACCACAAGGGACGGCAGAUCAUCACGAAGAGGACACCAGUCGAUCCAACCCUGUCCUAUCGAUACUCGAGAGGGGAAUAACACUCUCCGCCAUGACAGCCCGAUUGAUUCCCUCGAGCACGUGGAAGGGGACACCGCUGUCGAUCAUCAUGGACUCUCCGGCCAGCAACACAGCGUGAGCGCUUCCAACGAAGGCUCUCCCGGGAUGCCAUCAGAUGGAAGUUGGGUCAAUCCUGAUUCUCCAAGUUUCGUAUCCGGACAAGAUACGCUAGAUGGUAGAGGAGGUUUGACUGCGGCCAAUAGAUUGCCGCUCCCGAUCUACCCUGACACCGGUCCUCAAGUGAUGCCACCAAUUGAUCAGGUUCUCAAUGGACAGUUAUGCCUAUAA